UGUUGUUUUGUGAAUCUGUAAAUGUUCUAUACAUGUUUCUUGUGGUUAGAAGUUUUGCCCCAACGAACCCGGGAACCAGGAGCCAUUUUGGGUUUAAUUAUGAUAAACAAGGAAGAGAUUGGAAUGUAAGGGGUGGUGAAAGACAAUCGCCAAUUGCUCUGUGCUCUCUUAAUACCACUACAUGUAAUGUCCCUAAACUAAAGUUUGUAAAUUACAAUAAAAUCUUGUGUGAUCCCUUGACCGUGAUGAACAAUGGACUAACAGUCCUCAUGAGGAUUCCAAUGACUGUGGAGGGAAAGCAGCCAUCUCUUUGUAUCAGCAGUGAGGGUGGAAAUGUCUUCGAAGCUCAGCAGAUGCACUUUCAUUGGGGAUCCGAACAGACCAAAGGAUCCGAGCACAGAUUGGAUGGUGAAUAUUAUGACGGAGAGGUGCACAUAGUUCAUAAGAAUUCCAAUUACAAAAGCAACCAGGAAGCUGCUCUUCAUAGAAAUGGAUUUGCGAUUUUGGCUUUGCUGAUAACGCAUUUAGAGAAUCCUGAAACAGAAUCGCCAGCUAUGAAUGAGAUCUGCAAACAGGUCUCUAAGAUAUCCGGACUGGAUGAUAGCCAUUCUCUUGAAAAAAGUAUGGCUUUGGAAGAUCUUUUGAUAAGCAUAGACACCCACAAAUAUUUGAGCUAUCAAGGUUCCCUUACCACUCCUCCCUGCGCUGAAGCAGCCAUCUGGUUUGUUUUUCCGACACCUCUUAAUGUGCCCACGGAACUUUGGAAGAACUUUUGGCAACUAAGGGAUUCUCGUCACCGGCGAAUCCUCGACACCUAUCGGGUCUUACAAGAUGACCAUGAUCGACCUGUAUAUCUAAGUAAAGGCAAAUAGGGGUAUCAUU